UAUGAAUUCUACAUUUUACGUCCGACUUAUCCGGUUAGUCGAGUUUGAGAAAUUCGCUUUUGUGUUUUGAUAAACUGUAGUUAUUGUUAUUUUUGAUGUAGACAGUAGACACCCAGCUACCACUACUAUCGCUACUACCAUAGACACCAGUUUGACGAGAUCGCUUGUAUCGCAAUAAUGUGUUAUUCUUCGAGACUUUUGUUGUUGAUUGUGUUUUGUGUUGGAUGUUUAAGAACCUGCUUGUAUGCUCAGUGGGUAUUUGACGAUGACGGUUGCAGAACGCCAGACAGAGGUUCAGGAAAUUGUGUACCGUUGAAGGAAUGCAAACCUAUGGUUCAAGUUUUGGAAAGCCUUAAAAGACCAAUUUCCGGUACGAUAUUAAAACGACUGCAAGCAUAUACUUGUGGACCCAAUGGUGACAGUGUAAAGGUUUGUUGUCCACAGAAUCCAAUAAUAAUUCUAGAACCAACAAAUGAAAUCAAUACCGAACCUCCAGAUGUUAGUGGUCACCGAAAUAUAAAUUUACUACCAUCUGAUUGUGGCUAUUUGAACUCUGACAAUAGAAUAAUUAAUGGCGAAGAUGCGGCUAUAAACGAAUUUCCUUGGAUGGCAUUAAUCCGAUACAAUGGAACAAAAAAAGGAGAAUUACGUUUUAAAUGCGGUGGUACAAUUAUCAAUAAGAACUACAUCCUUACAGCAGCACACUGUAUCGCAGCUCUAACCAAUUCAAGAAUUGAUUCGGUACGAGUUGGGGAACACAGCAUCAAAAACCAAACCGACUGUGAAAUAGUGAAUAAAAAACUAAAAUGUAAUCCACCAGUGCAAGAUUUGCGAAUCGAACAAGUCAUACCUCAUCCUAAAUUUGGAGCCAGAUCGUUUUUGAACGACAUCGGAUUGUUGAGAGUUUCUACUAUGAAUUUAAACGUUGAGAAUGUAAGACCAGUGUGUCUACCACUUGGUAGAGAAAGGACAAAGACAUAUGACUCAGUGUUUGUUACCGGAUGGGGAGUAACAAAUACAAAUACUGGUGAAACCAGUGACAUCCUACAGAAAGUAAAAUUACCAAUAGCCGAUAAAAACAGUUGCACUAAUACCUAUAACAACAAUAAUAUAAAACUGGUUCAUACUCAAAUAUGUGCCGGUGGGGUUCAUAAUAAGGAUUCGUGUCCAGGCGAUAGUGGAGGACCGAUGAUGGUGACUUCCAUUAAUCAGGAGUUGACGGCUGUGUAUAUCCAACAGGGAAUAGUUUCAUUUGGACCAAAAUACUGCGGAAUACCAGGAUAUCCAGGUGUAUACACUCUAACGAAGUACUACAUGGAUUGGAUUUUAGAUAAUUUAAGACCAUAGAAAAGAUUUUAAUUCGAGCCUAUUGUUUCUAGCCAAAAUACAUGAGACUGUAUCAAUUUUUGUAUCUAGCUUAAUUAACUUAUUCACUAACCCCAUAAGGCAUGCCAUAAUAAAAAUAAAACAAAAUGAUUUCGCUAUGUCUA